AUGUCGGGCUGGUUGAACCUCUUCGGCAAGAAGGAGGACAAGAAGUCGGCGAGAGAUGCGAUACUCGGGCUGCGGGUUCAAUUGAAUAUGCUCACGAAGAAGGAGGAGCAUCUCAACAAGAAGAUUGAAGAGGAACUCAGAAAGGCAAAGGCGAAUGUUACCACAAAUAAGCGAGCGGCGCAAGCGGCUCUGCGGCAGAAGAAGGUCUAUGAGAAUGAGCUCGAUAGACUUGCAGGCACAAGGAUGACGAUAGAGAGCCAAGUCAAUUCCCUCGAGAGCGCCAACAUGAACCUCGAGACCAUGGCUGCCAUGCGCAAGGGUGCUGACGCUCUCAAGAUGAUCCACGGUAGCUUGAACAUCGACAAGGUCGACUCGACCAUGGACUCGAUCCGCGAACAGAUGGACCUCACCAACGAGAUCUCGGACGCCAUCUCCAACCCUGUGGGCAUGGGCCACGAUCUCGACGAGGACGAGCUCAGAAACGAGCUAGAGGAACUCGAGCAGGACGAGCUCAACGAACGACUGGUGGGCGCCGACUCGGUACCUCUUCACACCCCCGCCGUGGCCUCGUCGGCAGGUCCAUCACGCGUCUCAAACGGAACAGAGCGCCAACAGGCUGUGGUGGAAGACGACGACGACGCCGAGUUGCGCGCACUGCAGGCAGAGCUCGCCAUGUAG